GUUCAAAUCCCGCGCUCGACGCCGACAGCGCGCCCGGACGCGGAAGUGUCGCAGCGCAGGACGGGGCGCUUCGCAGGGCGGCGAGGGAAGGUCAAAUGGCGGCGCUGCUGGGCGGGCUGGUUUCCUUAGGCUCCGCGGCCGGCAGGCAACUUUUGCCUGUUCCCACAUUCAGUGCAACUGUGGUGAGAUUUGCAUCCAAAAAAAGUGGAGGCAGCACCAGAAAUCGUGGAGGGAACAGAACUGGGAAAAGAUACGGCUUCAAAAAAUUAGAUGGACAAUUUGUUCAUGCAGGCAACAUAUUGGCCACUCAGCGUGUGAUUCGGUGGCAUCCGGGAGCUCACGUGGGGAUGGGCUGCAACAAAUGGUUGUACGCUCUUGAAGAUGGAGUUGUGAGGUUCACGAAAGAAAUCUACGUACCACCUGCCUCUGGCAAGGAAAGCCAAGAAGUGAUCUGCCAGUUGCCCAAAGGAGCUGUGCUGUAUAAAACUUUCAUCAACGUUAUUCCUACCGAAAAAGUGGGAAGUUUUAAGUUGAUCACCAUGAUCUGAGAGCUAGUUCUGAAUGACUUUUGGUUAGUCUUCUGCAGCUGGGAAUGAAGCAAUAUUUGGAGCAUCUACAGCAUAUCAUAGAGACAUGCCCUCAACACACACCUUUGAUGUGCUGCUGCUGAAAUAAAGAUUGAUAGUAUUUCUUUUCCAAAACAUAA